ACUAAUCCACAGCGAAACACGAAUGAAGUGCCAUUCAAAAUGUGAACAAAUAAACGGGCAUUUUGUUGUAGGAAUUGUUAGUGAAAUGAUCAAAUCACGACAAUUUAUAUUAUUUCCUUUAAUAAUAACAUAACAAUUUAUGUUAUUAUUUCGUAACAUUGCAGUUUAUAACCAGAUACCUCUUCCAUUCCAUUUUUAAAAAAGAGUUAAAUCAUUCAUAAUAAUUGGUUCGUGGUAAAGUUUGACAAACAAACAAAAUUAUUAGUAGAGUUUGAUUUUGAUCUUUAAUCAUUUUGGUAUUAUCUUAAAAAUAAAAGAUUACGAACACAUUAUUGUUGCAAUUCGAGUCAGAUGAUUUCGAAUGUUUUUGUUCUUCGAGUUUUUGAAUUGGGGAAGUUGUUCUGUAAAUGCCAAAUAUUGAAUACAAAUCUCAAGCCAAAUUAAAAAAAAAAAAUUUGAAGUUUACGUCCAAAUCGUUUAUCAUGAGUGAAAAUAAAGAAAAUUCUCCUGCAGACAUGCAGAAGACGUCAACCUACUUCCGCACUAUUGUUGCUUUCCAUAACUUCAGAGAUCGAGCCAGAGAAACAGCAGAAUCGUGGCAAGAGCGAGGCCUCUCCGACAGACUUCAAGACGGAUGGAACAACACUAGUCGAACAGUUGCCACCAAAACUAAGAGCUUCUUCAAUCAUCCAGAAGAUGCACGUUGUGAAUACAUCCCUGAAAAAUACAACUAUAUAUUUCGCCCCAAGAGUCGUUGGGAAUUGAUACUCUUAAGUGGUACUGUGUGUGGCAUUGAAUUCUGUUAUGCAGCAGAGACAGCUUUUGUGACGCCUAUACUUCUUAGUCUUGGAUUAAGUAUCAAGUUUGUUACAAUGAUUUGGUGCUUGAGCCCCUUGAUUGGACUUUUUCUAACUCCGAUAUUAGGAUCUAUGAGUGACAGUUGUGAAUCUAAAUUUGGGAGAAGAAGACCGUUUAUUAUUAUGUAUUCGAUUGGAAUAUUAUUAGGACUUAUUCUUGUACCGAAUGGCCAACAUAUAGGCUUAGCCCUUGGAGACAAGGGAUUUGAGAAUAUUUUAUCUAGUGAACAUACUGCGGUUAUCUUAAAUGGGACUAGUUUAAGUGGUGAUAAUGUGAAAUUGAACCAAGUAGGCGACUUAAACAAGGGAUUUUUGAAAAAUGUUUAUUCAGAUGACAUUGAUGAAGUUAGCAAAAAUGGCAUGACUUCUCAAAAUGGUAUAAAUUUAAAUAUUAAAAAAAGAACUCUAUCGGGAGAAAAUGUUCCUUUAGCUAUUCCGAGAAAAAAAGAUGACUAUCAAAAUAGUGAUGCUAUAAUUAAUGAAGAUGAAGCGGAAAUGAUGGAUGAGUUUUCUAAGUUAGUCGAUGCAAGUGAUGUUUCUUACGAAAAACAAAAUGGCAUCGAAUCUUUAAGCAAUAAAAAUAAAUAUUCUCGAGGGAUCGAUGACGCAGAUGUAUAUCCGAGUCUUCAUUUUGGCAAAAUGAAUAUGAGAAACUUAGACCCAGAAUCAGAAAAAGAUGACAAAUAUACAAAAACAGAAAAGCUUAGUGUUCUUACAGAUGAUUUUUCAAAACUAGUAAAUAAUAAAAAAAUUUAUAGCGAUGAGUUGUCAUUCGAAGCAAAUCCUAGCAUUAGGCAGAGGAAAAGCGCGCUGAGAUAUACUUAUUCUCGAGAAAUAGAUGGAGGUGAUGUAUAUCCGAGUUUUUUGCAUGGCCAUAACAAUAAACCUACUCUCAAUGAGCUUCAGUACGGAAAUAGAGCAACGCCGGAAAAAUCAGAUUUUACAUUAUCACCAAAAAGUAAAAGAAGUUCAGAAAAUGAAAUCGACAAAAAUCAAAAUGAAUUAGAACAACCCACUGCCAGUGACCGAAAUGGUCCAUUUUUUCCUGAUGAAACCGAUAAAACUUCAAGUCACAUACAAACUUGGAGUGUCGUGUUUACAGUCAUAGGUACCGUUUUAUUAGAUUUUUGCUCAGAUGCCUGUCAGUCACCAUCCAGGACAUAUCUCUUGGAUGUAACAAUACCUUCGGAUCAUGCAGCUGGAUUGAGCACAUUCACAGUAAUGGCUGGUUUCGGAGGAGCAAUAGGAUACACAAUGGGAGCACUAAACUGGGAAGCAACAUACAUCGGUCAGCUACUCGGUGGGCAGGUGAAUGCUGUUUUUAUGAUUGUCACUGUGAUAUUCAUAAUAUGUCUAGUGACAACAGUGACUAGUUUUCCAGAAAUACCUUUAUGCGCGCUAAAGGAUCCGAAAAUGUACAAAGAGUACAAAGAAAAAUUUCAGCUGAAUUUUAGUCCUGUUAGUGGCGAUGAAUUGGAGCGCAUAAAUACUAAACCGAAACGCUAUGGAUCAACGGAUGAAGAUCUUAAGACGGAUAGGGCUCAAGAAGUAAAAAGUGACGGGGAUGAAGUUCAAAACAAUGAAUUGACGAUUGAAAAUAAGUCAACAGAACAUAACGUCAAAUCAAAAGAAAAAGAUUUGUUUGAAAAUAUUCCUGAUGGGGUCGACAAUAGGGAGAUAGCAGUGUCAAAAAGCAUAGAGAUUGAUGUGGUGGAUGAACUAGGUCGUGCCAAUGAACGUCCGACACUAAAAGAAUACCUCAAAUCCAUUAUUCACAUGCCUAACUCCCUACGUGUUCUGUGCUUGACGAAUCUAUUUUGCUGGAUGUCACUGGUGUGCUAUUCAUUGUACUUUACUGAUUUUGUGGGUGAAAGUGUUUUCGGAGGGGACCCCAAAGCACCAGAGGACUCGGAAAGUUUUUUGUCAUAUAAAAAUGGUGUUCAGUUUGGAUGUUGGGGAAUGGCUUUGUAUUCCAUUUCAUGUUCCAUUUAUUCACUUUUCAUCGAGUCAUUAGUCAAGAAAGUGGGUGCAAAACCAGUUUACAUAGGAGGCCAAUUAGUCUAUUCAUUUGGAAUGGUGAUAAUGGCUUUAACCAGACAUAAAGUUGCAGUUAUUCUGCUAUCACCGACAGCUGGAAUUAUGUACUCAACGCUUUUCACCAUGCCAUACCUUUUAAUAGCACACUAUCAUUGCAACAAUCAGUUUUCAGAUGGUAAAAAAGGAAGUGACAGCAACACUCGAGGUAUAGGUACAGAUGUGGCAGCAGUUAGCAGCAUGGUCUUCCUCUCACAAUUCAUUCUCUCUCUAUCCAUGGGAAGUAUUGUAGAAGCCCUCGGAUCUACAGUUGUUCCUGUUUGUGCUGCAGCUAUACUUAGUGCUUGCGGAGCUGUGGCAGCUACUCAAGUUACUUAUCUUGAUAUAUGAAAUGCAUCUAUAUUAUAAAUAAUCAUUUUGCUUUUAUUUGUUACAUUAUUCUGUGGAAAAAUAUGUUUUAUUUUGACUAAACAAAUAAAUGUAUUACUAGAAAUCAUUUGAUUUCAUUA